AUGGCUUUCCUACAGUUCACGGAAGGUGCUAGUCAGCCACCGACUGCCUCAAGCAUCCCCAAACAGCUACUACCCAAUAUCGUGGAUGGACUGGCAAGCAUCAAGCCACAUGGCGACUUUGCAUUCAUUCCGAAAUCCUACACUUCAUACUCCGAGGGGUAUCGAAGGGUGGCGUAUCGCGAUCUAGCAAGUGCUGUGAACCUUGCAGCCUGGUUACUCACUGAAAAGCUGGGCCAGAAUGCAGAGCGCCAGGUGCUGGCGCAUGUCGGGGCCAACGACAUUGGAUAUCCUAUCUACACUUUGGCGUGUGUUAAGGCUGGGCAUACCCUUGUCUCGCUGUCUCCUCGCAAUACCAAAGAAGACCAUGCCGCUUUGCUGGAGAUCACACGCUUCAAGUACGUCCUGACACCAGCGCCACCGUAUUCGCCUACAGUCCAUACCAUCCUCGAAGGUGCAUCCCAGAAACCCGAAAUCAUACACGUCCCAACGACGUUCGAGCUUUUGGAAAGACAAUCCUCGCAUUUCCCCUAUCCCAAAACAUUCGCAUCCGCCAAGGACGAGCCCCUCGUGAUGGUGCACACUUCAGGCACGACCGGCACGCCGAAGCUCAUUACCUGGACGCAUGCCUAUGCAGCCGCCUACAGUGCGUGGGCACAAGAACCACCUCCCCCGGGCUGUGAGAACACCGUCAACUUUUUACGGAAAAGCCGAUGCUUCACACCCUUUCCAUUCUUUCACGCCGGUGCAAUGUUCAUAACCCUCAUGGACUCGCUCGUCAACCAGAAAACAAACGUCAUACCUCUCGCAGGCGUCCCCCCAACGGCUCAAGGAAUCGUCGAAGCGCUCAAGUUGGUCGAUAUUGAUGUCCUGAACCUACCGGCCCCGUUUGCGGAGCAGAUCUCCAAGAGCGACGAGAUGCUGAAUUCGGUGACCAAGAGCAUCAGCAUGGUCACCUACGGCGGCGGCGACGUCAGCGAAGCCUGCGUCAACGCCUGGAUCUCCCGCGGCGUCAACAUCGCUGGCUUCAAUGGGUCGACCGAGACGUCUCCGUAUCCCCUGAUCCGACCCCUGGAGGGCUGGAAGCCGGCGGAUGUGAAGUACAUCCAACUUCAUCCGGUGGUGAAUAUGAAGUUCCGGCCGACUGCUAUUACGGACAUGUUUGGAGCGACUCUGGUUAGGAAUAGCGAUGAGCGCACGAUACAGCCGGUGUUUCAUCUCUUUCCUGAACUUAUGGAAUACCGCACGAAAGAUCUCUUCAGCCCGCAUCCGACUGAUCCAGGCCUUUGGCUGUAUCGAGGCCGGGCGGACGAUAUGAUCAAUGCCGCUUCGGGACUGAUGAGCAACCCCAUCAAAUCCGAGCAGCAUAUCUCUCGACGGCCUGACGUCGCAGCUGCACUGAUGGUCGGGUCCGGCCGAUACCAGAUGUUAUUACUAGUGGAGCCCGCAGACGAUACCGUAUCGCGAGAGGAGUUUGUCGAGCGGAUCUGGCCUGCCGUAGGAGAGGCGAACGAGAUGUAUCCCGAAGAUUGUCGCAUUGCGCGGAGUCAUGUUCUGGUGACUGAUCCUGAGGUUCCAUUAAGAAGGGCCGGGAAGGGAACAGUGCAGCGGGCGCCUUCUUUGGACCUGUACAAGGAGAGGAUUGAUCGAUUCUACGAGGAGGCGGGAGAUGGAAAGGUUGGGGGAAAUGGCAGUGUAGAACCGUACAAGGUGCAUUUAGCUAUGAAGCAGUAG